AUGGCAUCCGACAAUUCCGUGUCCACUUUCAUAUCGAGGAACAAGACGGCGAUCAUCGCCACUGCGGCGGCCGGUACUGCAGCAGUAGGGGCUUAUUAUUACUAUCGUCAAGCCCAGCGAGCAGCUUUGGAGGAAGACAAUAAGAAAGAUGAAGCAUUGGAGAGCUCUAAGAAGAAAAAGAAGAACAAGAACAAAAAGAAGAGCGGAGAAUCUGCGACAGCAGCACCAGUGUAUCCUGUAGAUGAGAAAGGCGAACCAAAACUUGAUAAUGUGGAAGACUUGUCACAAGAGUUGAAGGAAACCUACGCCACUGCCUUAAAGGAUAAAGGGAACGAAUACUUUAAGAAGAAGGAUUACGACAACGCGUUGAAAUACUACAACUGUGCGCUAGUUUUGAAGAAGGAUCCUGUUUUCUAUUCCAACAUUUCUGCUUGUUACGUUUCGUUGGGACAAUUGGACAAAGUGGUGGAGAACAGUACUAAAGCAUUGGAGUUGAAGCCAGAUUACUCAAAAGCUUUGCUACGUAGAGCUUCGGCAAACGAAAGUUUGGAGAACUACGCUGACGCGAUGUUUGAUCUAUCAGUCCUAUCCUUGAACGGCGACUUUAACGGUUCAUCUAUCGAGCCCAUGUUGGAGAGAAACCUGAACAAACAAGCUAUGCUAGUUUUGAAAGAUAAAUUGGGUAAGGAUGUCAGUCAACAGCUCCCAUCCGAUACGUCAUUGGCAUCCUUCUUCGGAAUCUUCGCCCCAGAGACAACGUUCGCGGGCUACAAUGAAAAGGAUGAGGCAGACAUUGAAUUGAAAAAGGGCUUGGAAGACCUGUACAGGCGUACAUCCGAGGGUUACAAACUGGCUGACGAGGCGUUCAAAAAGGCAGCUUCAUUUUUCACCAACAAGUUGAACGAAUUUCCUGACGAUGCUGCUUUGAAGGAAAAGACGGCUAUUACUCUAGAACACAGCGGUAUUUUCAGAUUCUUGAAGAACGACCCACUUGGCGCCCACGAUGACAUCCAGAAGGCAAUCGAACUUCAUCCAAGGUUGAACUCUUACAUCUACAUGGCUCUGAUAAUGGCAGACAAGGGCCAGGCUGAAGAGUACUACCAGUACUUUGAUAAGGCUAUCGAAUUAGAUCCAUCUUACGGCCCAGCAUAUUACCACAGGGGACAAAUGUACUACAUCACAGCACAAUACGAGAAAGCUGGUAAGGAUUUCGACAAGGCAAAGGAAUGUGAUGAGAACAAUAUUUUCCCCUACAUCCAACUAGCUUGCUUAGCGUACCGUGAAAACAAGUUUGAUGAUUGUGAGACACUAUUCAGCGAAGCUAAAAGAAAAUUCCCAACUGCUCCUGAAGUUCCAAACUUCUAUGCAGAAAUCCUUGGCGAUAAGGGCGACUUGGAAGCUGCUUUGAAACAAUACGACAUUGCUAAGAGAUUGGAAGAGGCUUUGACCGGUAUUCACGUUGGUGUUGCACCACUGAUCGGCAAGGCCACACUGCUAGCAAGACAGCCAAGUGUGGAGAACUUCCGUGAGGCAAGUGCCCUCUUGGAAGAAGCAUGCAGAAGAGACCCAAGAAACGAACAAGCUAAGGUCGGUCUAGCACAACUGAAAUUGCAACAGGAAGAAGUCGAUGAGGCCAUCAACCUAUUUGAAGAGGCCGCUAACCUUGCUAGGACCGUUGAUGAGAAACUGCAAGCUACCACUUUUGCAGAAGCUGCCAAAGUUCAGAAGAGGAUAAGAAGCGACCCAGUCGUCAGCGCAAAAAUUGAGGAAACCCUGGCUGCUUACCGUGCUCAGGGUAUGAUCUGA